AAAACAAUUUCUGAAUAAUCAUAAGAUAAAAGGUAGAAAAGAGAGCGCCCCACCCGCCCGCGGCUCCCCAACCCCAGGCCGGGAGGCCCAGAUGGGGGAACCCCGGGCUGGGGCCCCCCUGGACGAUGGCAGCGGCUGGACAGGCAGUGAGGAAGGCAGUGAAGAGGGCACCGGCGGCAGCGAGGGGGCUGGGCGAGACGGGGGCCCAGAUGCAGAGGGUGUCUGGAGCCCAGACAUUGAGCAGAGCUUCCAGGAGGCCCUGGCCAUCUACCCGCCAUGUGGCCGCAGGAAAAUCAUUCUGUCUGAUGAAGGCAAGAUGUAUGGUCGGAAUGAACUGAUUGCCCGCUGUAUCAAACUGAGAACAGGGAAGACCCGUACUCGCAAACAGGUCUCUAGUCAUAUCCAGGUUUUGACUCGAAGGAAAUCAAGAGAAAUCCAGUCCAAACUGAAGGCCUUGAAUGUGGACCAGGUUUCUAAGGACAAAGCUUUCCAGACGAUGGCUACCAUGUCCUCUGCCCAGCUCAUCUCAGCACCUUCCCUACAGGCCAAACUGGGUCCUGCCGGUCCUCAGGCCACUGAACUUUUCCAGUUUUGGUCAGGGGGCUCUGGCCCACCCUGGAAUGUUCCAGACGUGAAGCCAUUCUCACAGACACCGUUCUCCUUGUCACUGACUCCCCCAUCUACUGACCUCCCAGGGUACGAGCCUCCCCAAGCCCUCUCAACCCUGCCCCCACCUGCCCCAUCACCCCCAGCCUGGCAGGCUCGGGCUCUGGGCACUGCCCGGUUGCAGCUGGUGGAGUUCUCAGCCUUUGUGGAACCACCUGAUGCAGUUGACUCCUACCAGAGGCACCUGUUUGUGCACAUCAGUCAGCACUGUCCCAGUCCUGGAGCACCCCCACUGAAGAGUGUGGAUGUCCGGCAGAUCUACGACAAAUUUCCUGAGAAAAAGGGUGGUCUGCGGGAGCUGUAUGAUCGAGGCCCUCCCCAUGCCUUUUUCUUGGUCAAGUUCUGGGCGGACCUGAACUGGGGCCCAAGUGGUGAGGAGGUAGGGGCUGGCAGCAGUGGCGGCAGCAGCGGUGGCUUCUAUGGAGUGAGCAGCCAGUAUGAGAGCCUGGAGCACAUGACCCUCACCUGCUCCUCCAAGGUCUGCUCCUUUGGCAAGCAGGUGGUGGAGAAGGUGGAGACGGAGCGGGCCCAGCUGGAGGACGGGCGCUUCGUGUACCGUCUGCUGCGUUCGCCCAUGUGUGAGUACCUGGUGAAUUUCUCGCACAAGCUGCGGCAGCUCCCCGAGCGAUACAUGAUGAACAGCGUCCUUAAGAACUUCACCAUCCUCCAGGUGGUGACAAACAGAGAUACCCAGGAACUGCUGCUGUGCACCGCCUACGUCUUUGAGGUCUCCACCAGUGAGCGUGGGGCCCAGCUCAUUUACCGCCUGGUCAGGGAUUGAAGAAGGAACCCACAAUUGGCUCACCCCAGAACACCCUCCUCCUAGGAAGGACCCUCCAGCUCUCUUCAUGAUUCUUAUUUGGGGAGGGGGCUGUGAUGGAAAGGGGCUGACCUCAGAGGCCUG